UGGAAGACGCCAAUACCAAUGGCUUUCAGGAGCAAAUUCAAGGCUCAAGCGCAGGAGAUGAUGGAUCAUAACGACGACGAUGAGUUGUUCAAACAAACCGAGCCAUCAAAUGAUGAACAAGACUCGACCAAUGCAACCACAAUUGAAGCUGAAUCGGAUAGUAAUGUAAUCGAAGUGAAAAAGAAGCCGAAAAAGAAGAAGAGAAAGGCAAAGACGGCUAAUCUUCCUGAAGCCGGUUCAAUCAUCCCUGACGACUAUGUUGAAAAGUACAACGAGGAUCCCGAAAACGACCCUUUCAACCCGGCACGACCACUUGGGCAACGCGUCGAGUAUGCCAUGGCCAAGUACAGAAAGAAUCACAAGUUUUCGAUAUCCAAAAAAAAUAUCUUUGACGAUUACCUACGAUUCGGCGGCAUCAAUACUGGACAAAACGCAUUUUUGGGCCGAACAACCGGAUCUGAUAAUCCUGGCGAAGAAUUGAUGGAAGAGGACUUUGAGGCGGCCAAGACUGGAAUCGAUGCUGUUGAUGAUGAUCUUGACGAAGACACCACAGUCAGCUUCUCAGAGGUGGCGCAGAUCUAUUUUGGCAGCCGGUUUAUUCGACAAUCCAAAUUUAUUCAAUUGUCAGAAUUCCACGAAGCCCCGGGUGUCGUUGACGCCUUCUUACGAUAUCUCGAAAUUCGCAACGUGUGUCCAGAAUACGCUGAUGACAUUGCAAAAGCCAGAGCCAUUUGUGAAGCAGCCCGUCAUGAACUCCCCAAUUGUAAAGUCUUGAUCAACAUGUUUCCAGACAAAUUCAAUCAAGCGUGUUGCAUUCUGUUUGAGGGCCAGCAAAAAGACAUUGUAGACUUCACCCCCACUUGGAAUACCGGUGAUAGUAACCUAGAAGCCACAUAUGGAAACUUUUUGUCGGACAUUGUUGGUAUGACCAGACCGGAGGCGGUUGCCAUCGUGGAGCCUAUUGUGGGAAAGCAUGAAGGUCGUAAGGUUGUCAACAAAAUACCUAUGCAAAAAGUCAAAGUCGUCCAUGUGGAAGGUCAAUCUGGCGCCACUGAAUCAUCAUCCACCACCACACCAAAUGCCAGCCAGUCAAAUCCACAGCACUCUGUGUCUGGUGUCUAUGUUACCAUCAAAGUGUGCAAGUACGAACAAGAAUCUGAACAGUAUUCAAUUUUAUUGGAAAAGAAUAUUGGCGAUCGCUUUAUCCCGAACAUGGUAUUUUCAGCAGACUUCUACCAACUUGAUAAUGGGCAAUGGUAUGUUGAUCAAGUUUGCUCCAUGUUUCCGUCAUUUUAUAUAGAGGAAGGAGAGGAUAGCGAUACGGAUAUGUAAAUCGUUUUUGUAAUAAUAUGAUCUCACAAACUCAAAAAAUUUCACUUCAUUUUU